UCCAGACGCUUGGGUCGUGAUGGAUUGCCCAGACGUUAACGAGGACUGUGGUGUGAUGCAAGGCAGGUCUUUUAGAUCCCACUCCUCCAGGGAGCGAUCUCUUCCCACGACUCUGUCCAGCUCCUCGUGAGCUCUCUCUCCUGGAUUCUGGGGUUUAGUAUCAGCUCCGAGACGGCCCAUUCGAUCGUCACCCUGGAAGUUACGGACGACCAGUCGGCGUGCCCACCCGUGUCCGCAAGCUUACGUGAGAAAGAACAGAACAAGAUAAGCUUUUUCUUUCUACCUGGAGCAGCGGUUGUCGCUGAGCUUGUUUUCUCCUCCCAGAGUCCCUGGAUCGAAGCCUUCCGCGUGCUCCUCGAUGACUGCUUUGAGAAAGCGAGCUCUUGCCGCGCAGGGAUGUAAUCAUCUGCAAACAGCCAUCGCUACGAUCCGACUCCUUGUAGUCCUCGGCCUCGGGAGUGAGCGGCUCGUCGGUACCGUAGGACUUCUCCCGAACAACACGGUUCGUGAAGUACUCGUGCAGCAUGGAGCUGAGAUCAACUCGACGAUCGAUCCAAAUGCUCCCAGCUCCAAGUGGCUGACUUUGGAGGCCGUGAAGAGCUCCGCGGCGCUCACUCGCCAUCGCUCGCGGCGCAAAGAUGAGGUCCUGGAAGUUGUGGCUGAGGAGGCGAGGCACGAAGGAGUAGUGGGGCCUUCUCGCAAACUCGGCGUCGUGCUCCUUGAGGACUUGCCUCACAAGGUGAGGCCGGACUCCGAGCCGGAGAGCUAUUCUUUCGAGCCAUCUCGGCCAGGGAGCGGUAACGGUAAGCGCCGAGCGAGAGAAGCGAGACCCGACGACGGGCCAUGA